AUGGACGUCUCGCGAAGCAUGUGGGCCGCGCUGCAGCCGUGCGCGCGCGCGAUGCCGCGCAUGCCCAAGGUCCAUUCGAUGAACAUUGUGCGCAGCGCGCACACUCGCAAUGAGCCGGUCAAGGUGCCGCCGACGACUACCGUGUCUGUGCUCGACUUUGCGCCGCAGCCUCGGCCUACGCGUCCGCUCUCGGGCCUCUUGCGCAAGGCCAAGACGAUGGUCUUUAGCGGCCCGAACGGCGAGGUAAUCGUGCCGCUUCACCACUUUGUUCGUGUGAAGUGGGCCACGAACGACGAGACCAAGGAGCGCACGGUCGCUUUUGGCAUCGAGGACGAGAAGGCCAAGGUCCAGCGUGGCAUCUGGGGCCUGACGCGCGCGCUCACCGCCAACGCCGUCAAGGGCGUCGAGGAAGGCCACGAGGUGCGCCUGCGCCUCGUCGGUGUCGGUUAUCGUGCAAGCGUUGAGGCGGAUCCGCUGCCCCGCAAGCAUCCGCUCCAGGUCGAGCUUGAGCGCGGCCGUGGCCACUGGUACGCGCCGGACCAAAAGAGCACAGAGAUCGAGCGCGCUGAGCGCCUCGUCAAGGCCUCGGGUCCGAACGAGCGCCUGCACCUGCGUCUCGGCUUCUCGGACCCGAAAUUGAUCUCGGUGCCGUAUGGGAUCAAGGCGACUACGCCGCAGCCUACGACCAUUAUUCUGCGCAGCGCCAACAAGGAGCUCCUGGGCCAGUUUGCUCAGCAGAUCCGCCACCUCCGGAAACCCGAACCGUACAAGGGCAAGGGCAUCUUUAUUAACGACGAGCAGAUCAAGCUCAAGACGCCCAAGAAGAAGUAG